GUAAUUUUCUUCUGUUUUUCUUUUUCGUAUUUAUAUUUCACUGAAACAAAUAAUUAAAUUUGAAUCAAUCCUCUCUCUACUUCACAAAAUUAGGGUUCAUAUUCACGCCAAAUCGAUCAGAAAUGGGAGGAGGCAAUGCCCAAAAGUCCAAGACGGCGCGUGAAAGAAACCUCGAGAAGGCUAAAGCCGGCGCUAAAGGAAGCCAGCUCGAAUCUAACAAGAAAGCUAUGUCGAUUCAGUGCAGGGUAUGCAUGCAGGCAUUUAUGUGCACAACAUCCGAGGUGAAGUGCCGGGAACAUGCAGAAGCAAAGCAUCCAAAAUCUGAUGUGUAUGCAUGUUUCCCUCAUCUAAAGAAGUGAUGUAGUUGGAGCAAGAAAAUUCUACUGUUAGAUAUAGACAUUUGUUUGGAUAUUAGUUAAUGUAAAGCCUCAACCGUGAUUUAUAGAUACUAAGGGACUAUUUGUGCCUGCCCCAAGAGUGAGGAACCAAUUGAUCCUCAAACCCUUACAAAUGGACAAAUUGGAGAUCGGUUCAUUCCUGCUUCAAUGGUAAGGUGAACAUUGUUGUUUAUUCUAGCAUUGUCUCUUGGAAAAAUGCUGCUGUGAAUUUGUUUCUUUUAGCGUUGUUCUGUUUGUAUGUCAUUUGCUGGUUCCAUUCUCUUGAACAUUAACCGUCUUAAGUAGUAAUUAAUUUGUAAUAUGGGGAAUCCAAUAACCUUUGGUUUUUGCGAUGAUGUGGAAGUAAUGCAGUAGAUUCUUUGUGCAUGA